AUGUCUGUUCAAGACUUCCAUCCAAAUAACUUCUUCGAAAUGCGAAGUAUAUGCAAAUACUAUAUAGAUUCAUGCAAUGCAUUAUAUCAGCUGAAAACGGAAAAAGAAGAAGAAUUAAACUCAAUUUACAAAAUGAUCAAAACAGAAUUGAUUGAUUCAAUGAUAUUCCAUCCUCAUGAUAUUAUUAUGGAUAUUUUAAAGUUCAUUCCGUAUAAUAAUCGCUAUAUAAAGUCAUAUUUAUUUCUUAUCAAACAAAUCUAUGAUGAUUAUCAAGUCAGAGAUAUCCCCAAUGCUCACACUGUUCUAAAAUUCCUAUUUUAUAAAGAAUAUGGAAUUAAAUUAAACAAAUCUGAUAAUUUCGAAAACCCUAAAUUUGAAAAUAUUGAUAUUCAUGAAGAAGAUACGAUUUACAGAGCAAUUAUGUAUAACGAUAUAAAAAGAUUCAUUUCAUCCACAGAAGGAGAAGGAUUUGAUAAAGACCAAAAACUUAAAAGUGAUUUAUAUCCAUAUUCAUACGAAGGAUAUUCAUUACUUGAAUUAUGUUGUUACCACGGUGCAGUUGAUUGUUUCAAGUUUUUAAGAACAAAGUUUAACUCAGAAAUAACUCAAAAAUGUCUAUAA